AUGGCGGCGGCAGUCUCGUCCGCUGAGCUGCAAGCCGACAGCUUCAAGCGCCUGUAUCCCGAUCAAUACCUGGCAAAGCCCACCUCGAUCGGGCUCGGUGUGGUGUCCACCGCCGAUGCCUCGGCGCUGGUCAAGGUUGGCAGCACCGCAGCGCUGGCUGGCAUCAAGUGCGAAGUGAUGCCAGCGUCAGCAGACACACCCGAGGAGGGGCGCCUGGCGCUGCAGGUAGAGCUGGCGCCGCUGUGUUCAGCAGACACGAGGCCGGGGCGGCCAUCCGAAGCGGCGGCGGUGCUGACCGAGCAGCUGAGCAGCUUGCUGGAGGGAGCGGGUGUGGUGGACCGCCGCCAGCUGUGCAUCGACCCCGGCAAGGCGGCCUGGGCGGUGUAUGUGGAUGUGUAUGUGCUUGAUGCAGACGGUUCACUGCACGAUGCCUGCCUGCUGGCUGUGCUGGCCGCGCUGUCCAGCCUGCGUCUGCACGCCGUUGCGGUAGACGACACUGGGCGUAUCCAGAAAGCGCCGGCAGAUGCAGCAGCGGCAGGAGCAGCAGGCGCGCAGCGGCAGCAGGGCGCUGCGGAUGGUGCGGCGACGGCGCUGCAGCAGCAGCCGCAAGGGCAUCAGCGGCGGCCGCUGCUGCUGGCGUGCCAUCCAGUCAGCCUGACCUGCGGCCUGUACCGCGAUCGGUUGCUGGUUGACCCUACAGCAGAGGAAGAGCCGCUCUUGGAGGCGGCGAUGACGACUACAGUGGAUGAGAGCGGCGACAUCCUGGGGUUUUACAAGGCGGGGGGAUCCGCCACACUCAGCCGGGAGCGGAUGCUGGAGUGCAUAGAGGCGGCUAAACAGCGCAGCAGGGAGGUGCGGGGGCUGUUGCAGCAGGCGCUGGAGGCGGCGGCGGCAGCGCCCAGCUAG